AUGAAGAGAAGUCUAUAUUUAAAUUUACUCCUCUUGGCAUUAAUGAUGAAAAUUGUAACAGCCAAUGUUAGAUUUCAACGUUCACCUCAACAAUACUGUGGUUCUAAAUUGGCGGACAUCAUGAAAGUUCUAUGCAAAGGCAACUACAAUGAACCAAAUUUACAAAAAAGAAGUCAAAUCGAUUCAGAUGUGUGGAAUUACAAAGACCUAGAAGACUACAAUGCAGUUGACUACCCAUACUUACCUAAGAAAGAAGCAAUGUCAUUUAUGCCCUUACGUUUACUUCGCUCUUUCAAAAGAAGUAUCAUCGAUGAAUGCUGUAAUAGACCUUGCUAUUUAUCUGAACUAAAAACUUAUUGCGGAAGUCAGUAG